AUUGGGGCCAUAGAGUAAAAGAGAAACUUGCUUGCUGCAUCUCUAUUUCCAAGGCAACCACACAUGUAACUAUGGAAACAUGAAGCUUAGUGUGUAUAGGGGCACCAGCUGGCUGUAUUGAUGUAUCACAUGGGUGUCUGAGUUGAGAGCUUUCAACCAACCAACUUGCUCGGAUUGCCCAAUUGUUGAGAUGCUCUAUUACACAUGACACAUUCUCUCUCCCAGCAUGCCUACGGUUCACUGAGCUUAAUGUCACUGACGACAGUCGCCAUCUUCCUUUUCCCUGCAGCAGCAGUCAGUUGACAAAUUUAUUUAUGAACUUUUCUUUACAAAGUAAAAGAUUGUGAAUUAGGAGUUAUUAAACCUUUAGUUUAAGAGGGGUGGGCUUUUCACAUUUCAACAUGGCGCCCAUUAGAGAUGUGGACGAAAGUGAUGCAUCAAUGCGGCAACGACUUGUGAACAGUUUAAGUCAAAGUUUUCCGGGUAGUGCAUUAUCAAAAGCUUUAGCGUGUAUGGACUCUGAUGACGAGGAUUUAAAAGACCCGCUUAGUAGCAGUUGUUUCGCUGAAAUGAGGCUGGAAAAAGGUGAACUCGACGACGACGAGUUGACGAGCUUGUCAUGGCUUCAAGAAACAGAUUUGUUAAAAAGUUUAUCGGUGGAGGAAGAAGAAAUUAAAGAGGAACAGAAAGAAAAUGAAGAAUUCAGUAAAUUGAACGGUGGUUUGUUAGCACAAUCACACCCUCCACAUGUGCCAUACAAUCCUCAAAAACAUAUAAAUAGUAAACCCCCGUAUUCGUUUAGUUGUCUUAUAUUUAUGGCUGUAGAAGAUUCCCCGCAGAAACGUCUGCCUGUUAAAGACAUUUAUAACUGGAUUCUCUCCCAUUUUCCGUACUUUCAAAAUGCACCGACAGGUUGGAAGAAUUCUGUACGACAUAACCUAUCAUUGAAUAAGUGCUUCAAAAAAGUGGAUAAAGAGAAGGGACAGAGUAUUGGUAAAGGUUCAUUAUGGUGUAUAGACCCCGAUUACAGACCCAAUUUAUUACAAGCAUUACGUAAAACACCCUAUCAUCCUUAUCAUCAAUUACAAAUGAUGUCAGCACCAUCAACGCAAAACUUUACAGGGCUUCCUGGAUUUGGUAUUAACAGACCAUUACCUUUAACAGCUAGACCAGCACCAAACACUAUAUCACCUCAUUUGUUUCCAUUUUUGAGUAAAAGACUUGGAUUAACGGGAUCUACUGUUACAGGUUUCAGCAUUGACAGAGAAAUACAAGAUGUAGCCCAUACAUUAGUCUCUAUGAAAGGACUAAGCAGCAAACAUUCAUCUGGUCAUUCUUCUGAUGGUUCCGAUUAUUCCAGUCCUCCAUCACCAACUGAUGCAGCAGCACUUCUAAAACAACAAUGCAGGAAAGCUUCAGCAAAUUAUUUGCGAAAAAUAAACAGUGGUAAACCUAUAAUUUGUACGAUAAACCCUAGUGAGGACCAUACGUAUAGUGCUUCAACUUUACUAAUGGAGGAUUGCCCAUCUUCUCCGACAAAUUCUUCCAUCGAUGAUGAAUAUGAUUUCGGACCAGGUGGGGACGACAGUGACAAUUCUGCUGAUUACCAUAGUGAUUACGAUUACGGUAGCGAUGGGGAGGGGGAUGAAGUGGACGGGGAUGCCCCAGUUCAUGUACCGAAAAUAACCAAAAUACCAGCCCGACCUUCCAAGCCCACACCGACACGCCCGGCAGCAACACCUAUUAAAACACGGAAACGAAAACAGCAGUCUUCUUCACGAAGUGACGACGAUGAAGAUGAACAGAAAAAAAUCGCGGAAGGUGCCGAUGCGUUAAUGAAUUUAGCGGGUAUAUUUGUGCAGAGACAGGAACCGCGACAAACGAGAAGUUGUACUAAGCGACGACGUGGGAACGAAAUUUAAUUAUUAGUGAAAAUGUUAUAUUAUAAAGUUGUUAUUGAUAAACGAACUAGCUGUCAAUAUGGACACUCGAUGCCAUAAAGAGAUUUGUUAUAAAUGAAUUUUAUUAUUAUUAUUAAAAAUGUUUUAUUUAAUAUCAUGGUGUAGGGAUAUAAUCUGUUAUAUUGUUACGGAUUCUUUGAUUGGCUGAUUUCUAGAAGCAGUAGAGCUGGAAAGCUUGCAUCUGUCACGACACGAUAUGAUCAGACUACAGCAGGAUAUUUCUUCAAAAUCAACUAAAUGUGAAUUUUUUGAAACUUAAAAGCAUUAGCUGAAAAUUUGUUGGUUAUGUCAGGAAAAGUAAACAUUCAAGUUUUAAUUUUCUGGGUUACAGUUAUCUGCGCAGAAUCAAGACAAAAUGGAUGAAGAAUAGUUAUUAUAAGAUCUUCCCCUUGAAAUGCGUAAUGAUGGCUUUAAAAAAAAAAAGAUAAAGACAAUAGAUAGUAGCCAUUGUGAGUUAACUCAACAGAGAAUUAGUGUACAGGAUGCCUGCCAAUAUCUCUAUCGUGUCUAUAAGAGAGCCAAUCAAAAGGGACCUAAAAGAGUGACCAAGACGUUUUAUGAGGAGAUAACUCUAUUUUAUAAAGACUUAGUUUAGUCUGUGUCUAUUUUGUAAUAUAUAUGACGUUUGUGUACGCUGUGUAUCGUCUGCGUUAUUGUUGUUAAAUUGUAGGGAAGUGAUGCAAUAAUUUAGUGUCUGUGCCAGCCCGUUUACAAAUUACAUUUUGAUCUCACCAUUUCAAGUACAAAUCUGUCAGUUAAAUUUAACAAAAGUUGUAUUUUCAAAAGUUGUAUUAAAAUUUCAUCACUAUGGAUGGGAAGAUAAUUUUAAUACAGUUCUUCGUGAACUAAGAUCAAUUCAUUUUGUAAUUCAAAUUACAUUUGGUAAUUCAAAUUACAUUUGGUAAUUCAAAUUACAUUUGGUAAUUCAAAUUACAUUUGGUAAUUCAAAUUGCAUUUUAUAUUUCAAAUUGCAUUUUGUGUUUCAAAUUACAUUUUGUAUUUCAAAUUGCACUUUGUAAUUUAUCACUGGCUGGCAAAGGCAAUGAGCUUUUACUUUGUGUUUACAUGGUUAAUUUACAACAUUUUAAGUUUUUGAUUUGAUCAUUUUUUUGUAAUUUUUGUUGCGUUAAGAGCAAGAAAUUUUAUCUAUUCAAGCAUUAUUUUAGUUUGUAGGAAUUAUACAUGAUCUUAAAUAGAAAACGUUUUAUCUUUUAGUCAUUUAGAUCAUGUAAUACAUUGAAAACGUCACUUCAGUAUAAUUAACCUGGCUGGAAUAAAAAAGCAUUACCAUAAAGUAAAUCACCCUGAAAUGAUAAUGAACUAACUUUAAAAAUUAAUUGGUACUAAUAAUAGAAGAAUUCAUUUUUCAUCAUGGGGUGUUAUACUUUAUAAUGGAUAAAAACACUGACAAUACCUUCUAAUGGAAUAACGACAAAUGAUUACUAAAAUAUUAAAUAUAUAUUUGUAAAUACUAUGUAGUCUACUAAUGUCAAUAUGGCUUUAUUUUAUAUAUUUUAUUUUAUAUUCACAUAAUGUAUGUAAUUAUUGAUUGAUUAAUCGAGGAGAAAACAUGGACGUGCUAAUGGCUUUUGUCAUGGUUGCAAGCCUUUUUUAGAUGUGAAUUUAUGUCAAUACUUAGGAAAUAAAGUAAACUUCACUAUUCAGAUAUACUGUAAAUUGAUCAAGAGCACUAUAAAGAUAUCCAAAGUUUUUUACAGAUUCUAUCUAAAGAAAAUAAGGCCUGUAAUUGGAAAUGUGUAAGGGUCAUUUUUCUGCUGACUUGUGCAAAUUCCAAACUUUUUCACAGUUAAUUUCAAAAGAAAAUUAGGCCUGAAGUUUAAAACGUGUAAGGAUCAUUUUUGUGGAGACUUGUACUAAUUCCAAACUUUUUCACAGAUUCUUUCAAAAGAAAAUUAGGCCUGAAGUUAGGCCUAAGUAAGGAUCAUUAUUCUGGUGACUCAUACAAGAAUUGGUAGUGAAUGUAACUUGGAUUAUUUUCAGUUAUUGACUAUAUAAAGGCACUGUAUAUGUAUAUGAUUAAGUUGCACAUAGUGUAUAUUAUGAUAUACACACACUUGUAUAUAUUAGACAAGUUUUUGAAAACCUUUAUAUCUAAUUCUUUAUGUAGAUAUAUUUGUAUAUUUAAAUGUUCUCAACAUGUGCUUCCAUCAAGUAAUUAGUACAGUAGAACUUUAGAAUUAUCUCCCUUUAUUAUUUGAAUUUUCUAAUUCCUGUGUCAGACAUUAGGCUGUAUACAGUCCUUGCGUAUAUUAUUGAUACUUCGUUUUGUUUUAACUAUAUUCGCUAUAUCAUACCACAGUAAGGACUGUACAUUUUGCACAGUGGCGGGUUUUACCGUCAAGAUCUUGUCGAAAUCAUUCCAUUGGUUGAUUUUGACAAUAUCUUAAUGAUAGUGUAACUCGUUACACCACUAGUGGACAACAUUUUAUUUAAAUUUUCUCAAUACUAAUUUGGAAAUUGAAUCAUUACAGCUCUACUCUCGUAUGAAGUGGAUAACUUGCUUUUGUAGCUUGGCUCUUAAGUCUUACAAAUCAUUACUUUCACAAUAGUCUUUUUUUAUGAAGGAUUCCUAUUUUAGGGCAAUUGGAUCUUUGAUUCACUGGAAAGCGUUGAUAGUCAAUUGUGUAAUGUCGGUAAAACAUUAAAAAAAAUGUCUGCUUCCUAACUUUGUUUUGUUUAAAAAAUUUGAGCCUCAUUAUUUUAAUACUCUUUAUUAGUGUAUUUGUUAAAAGAUUGUUAAUUGUUGAAUUUUUCUUUGAUUUUGUUUUUUUUUAAGAUUUUAGUAGGUUUUAUGCUAUAUUGAUGCCAUUUUUCUCACCCUGUACAUGUUUUCAUUUUCAUCAUUCUUAAUCUUGCCAUAUGAGCAAACCAUGUUGAAAAUAUUUUCAAAACCAAAGUUAAUUGUUUCAAAAAGUGCAAAAUAUUAAAAAAAAAAAUGGAAAUGAAUUAACCAUACUCUCAGGUUUAUAAAAUCUAUGAAGUAAAUUGGAAAAUAACUUUGUGUAUAAAUAUAAAUCUUUCAUUAGUGCUUUGUUUCACGAUUUCAUUUGAUCAUUUGUAGUGUACAUGUAGUUGUUGGGAUGGUUCUCAUGGUAACAAAGAAAAUGUUAAUUGCAAAUGGCUGACAGAAUCUGAAGUGCUGAAAUUACCAUUUGUAAAGAAACAGAUGUGCAUCCAUUUGCAAGUUGUCAUUUCUUUGGGGCCUUAUUUACUGAUUGUAACAUCCAAAGUGCUAGCUUUCGAUGCCAUUUUAGAUGGUUGGUGAAAAAUUCCCUCCUAAGCCAUCUGCCAUCCAGCCCUCGUCUGACUUGAUAAUCAAGGUGAUUCUGGUUCGAGGUAGGAUUAUCAAGUCUCUUGAACCAGAAGGGCAGAAGGUUUCUAGAGGACAUUUUGCACUAACUUUAUUUUUGAUUUCAAUGUCUGUGAAUAGUGUGCCAGUUGAUAAGUUUCUACAGAUCUCAAUGAUUUUAUUAGUCAAUUUUUUUUUAUUAAUUCAUGGUUUAAUAUGAAAGAUAUUUACAAUAUGUAGGAUUAACACUGUGUAUUGAGAAUGUGUAGAUAUUGUUGUAUAGUGGAUUAGGUAGGGACAGGGGUUAUUAAAUAGUGGUUCUCUAUAUCUAGUCUAUAGCAAAUUAACAUAGAACACCCGAUACCACUUCUCAUUGGGGGGGUGGAUGGCCGAAUGGUUAGCACAUGCGCGCGCUGUAUCAUAAAGCCUGUCAUUCGAAUCCCCGGUUGUACGUGACAAGAAGUAGGGUCGCCUGUCCAACCUCAUGGGUUUUCUCUGGGGUCCUCCGGUUUCCUCCCACUGUUAAAGACCCCUACGCGCAAGCUAAUUAUUGAAAUAAAAUUAAACCAUAUGUUAGUCCCGAAAUGACCUAGUUUGUGUCGAGUGGACGUUAAACCCCAUUUCUCUCUCUCUCUCAAAUUAACAUAGAACACCUGAUACCACUUCUCAUUUAGUUGGGAUGUUUGCAGGGUUAAUCAUUUUUUGGUUGUAUUUUGUGUAUACAAGACAUAUGACUGGCAACAAGUCUUACAGUACCAUAUAUCCAAAAUUAUUUUACUGGGGUAAUAUUAAAAGAUUCAUCUCAAAUAUUUUGAUAUAAUGAAAAUUUGAUUAAAAAGUAUUGAAACUUUAUAAUGAUUAUGUUAACAAUCUUAUUAAUUUAGCUUGUGACUUUAUAUAGUAGAACCACAAAUAAUGUAUCUAUAGACCUGUUUAAUUAAAAAUACUUUCAAGAUUUUUAUGACUAUUUCCAGAGUUCAAUUGAUUUAGAAAUAGCUCUAACUUUGGAUAUAUGUUCAAGGGAGAUAAUUAAAAGACUUGUUGAACAGGACUAUAGAUAAUGUUGAUGUAUAUAAAAGUAAAUUGUUAAUAUUCACACCAGGUUUAAUCAUAGAGAUAUCAAUUUAUUAUUUAGGUAAUCUAGCUUUAACCUAGCUUUAACCAUUACUUUUUUCUCUUAUAGUAGCAGUAGUGUCUGAAUGAAUCCACACCUGUCAUCCAUACAUGGCUAAGAGUAGGGUCACCCACUGUUAAAGAGCCAGUUACAAAUUAAGUAAAUUAGGAUUAUGUUAGUCCCAAAAUGGCCUAGUUAUUUUGUUUAGAUGUUGCUCUCUAUAUAAUGGUUAAAGCUAGAUUACCAAGUAAUAACUUGGGAUCUCUUUCGAUUUAUUUCACCUAUAUUAUUACCAUAUAUAUUCAUGUGCCAAGAUUUUAGUGCAUCUGAAAACAACAGGUAUAUAAUGCCUUAUCAACGACAUAGUGGUCACUUCCUUCUAUAAGGAAACCCUUGAAAUUUUAGUGUACCAUUUUUUGAAGUCUUCCAACAUUGUAUUUUAUACUCGUUUGUAAACGUGAUGUCAAAUCUUCCGUAAAAACGAUCCAAUCAAACAAUUUCUUUUAUAUGUUCUCUACUUUCAUUUUGUAGUUUAAUUGGUGAUAGGUGGUUUAGAUAUUGAGAUAUUUGUUUGUUACACAAACUAUUUGUUAAACACUUAUGCACCACAAUUUUAACGUUGACCAUUUUGAAUUUUCUCUGAGAUUCUAAUUAUGAAAUUAUAUUUCGAAUUGAAAUAAUCUAAAAAUGUGUUUUAUUUGUACUUUGCUGCAAAACUAGAAUAAAGUAUAACAUCAGUUAUUAUUGAUACACAUAUUUUGUAAGAAAUAAAUAUAUUUUUUUGGGUUUUACUCAAAAUUGAAAUUUCUGUAACCAUGACGACUUAUUUUGCUGCCAUUUAAGUACAUGAUAUUAUCUGUUAUAAUUGUUGAUGCUAAGGUUUGAGAUAUUUUUCAUUCAUCACUUUAACGUAUUUAGAUCUCAAUCAUAAUCUGUAAAAAAAGAAGCAGACUCUUUUCCAUUACACGGUAAACAUCAUCCCAAAAUCUGAGGUAAAAAAGUUUUCUUUUAAAAUGUCAAAGGAAAACUGAAGAAAUUAUUUUCAGUGAUUUUGAAAUAUUUCUGGCAUUAUUUUACAAAAAAAGUUACCUCACUCAGUUAUAAAUGUUUUGUUUCAAUUACUAAACGAGGUUGAUUAAUAGCCAGAGAUGACGUUUGCAGUAUUUUGGAAAAGAGCUGUGCGUGUGUUCCAUAACUUACACUAGUUAGAAUAGCCUAAAAGUAAAUUUAAUAAUAAAAAAAUUGAUGUUGUAAUUUCUAAUGUAUUUUGGUGGAAUAUAUUUUAGAUUUGUUUUAGUAUAACAGGGUAGAAUGUUUAUAGGUAUAUAAACUCAUUGUUAUAUUCAUCUCUCAUUACAUACACUGCCAAAUGUAUCACACCAAGUGUUCAAGGGGAUUAGAGUCAUUUUGCUAAUGACAAUUCUGUGAAGAAUAUUUUAUUUUAUUCAUUUUGAUAAAAUCCGACGACAAAAAGUGACUCUUUCCGUUUUCUAUUACGCCAAAGUUUUAACGUUUUUUAUACGGUGCAAUAUGAAUAUCAUCAAUCUGUUAUCAUGAAAUAUUGAAUUAAUUUUACUGCUUUUCUUUUAUUAGAAACAAAUACGCAUUACGAAAAAAUUCUAUAGCAAAUUUAAAUUGAGUUCCAUUUCAAUCUUUGAUUGGUUGGUUAGCGUAUAUUUUGAUUUAUUUGAAAUUGGUAGCUUUGUGCAAUAUGGUGGUCAUUACGUCUGCUAUCUUGUGUUCUGAUGUUAUAUCAAUUAUUACUGUAUUAUUAUCUUGGCUCUGUAUAUUUGUAUAUAUAUAUAUAUUAUAUCAAACAGAUAUUAAAAUAAAGCUUAAAAUACA